CUCAUGCUGCCGAGGAGUCUCCUCGUCUCUUUUCUUCUCUCUCUCUCUCAGCAAUACAAUAACCACCAUGACUCAUUCAGUACACUCCCCUCCAGCACUUCCAGAGUAGAUUUCAUUAAAUUUGUCUUUUAAAUUUGUCAUUUCUGGGUAUAUAUAAUAAAUUAAAUGGCGUGUUAGUGGGUCACCUGAUCCAUUACCAACUUCGUCAAGUUUUUCUUUAGCCUCAACUCAUCCACAACCCACAGUGGUUUUGGUAAAUUUCUAGCCCUGAAUGCCUUUAAAGAUUGAAUCUUGGAGGCUUUGAUGCCUUCCCUUCACUCUGGGUCCUUGAAAUGGCGCGCGUUGAGAUGGAUUUGGAAUGUGGCGAACACCGCCGCCGGCACUCCUCCGGCGGCGCCACCAGUGAGGAGGAGGAGGGAAGCUUCUGUUUCUCUGACGCCGACGAAGGGUCAUGUUAUUCUCAGUUCUAUUCCACGGCCGAUGGCGACAACUGCAGCUUCGCCUGUGCGUCUGAGUCCGAGAUAGCGGAGACUGUGGACUCCCGGCGAGCUUCGUCGGCGGCGGAGUCCGAUUGCUCCGUGGAUUUGGAGAAAGGGGUUGCUGAAACCAAGGGGCAUUUCGGGAAAAUUGAGAGAGAUUGUAGGAUUUGUCAUCUCAGCUUCGACAGCUCCGGCCCUGAAACUGGGGUUUCGAUUCAACUAGGAUGUUCUUGCAAAGGUGAUUUAGCUUCUGCUCAUAAGCAUUGCGCUGAGACCUGGUUCAAAAUCAAAGGAAAUAAGACCUGUGAAAUUUGCAACUCUAUUGCACGUAACGUUGUUGGUCCAAACGACACCGAGUCAUCGGAGCUACAAGCAAACGAGACGAAUGGUGCGGGCAGCACGAAUGCAGCCACGGGAACAGCUUCUUCUCCCUCCACUUCCGAGCCUCGAAGUUGCUGGAGUGGGCAGAAGUUCUUGAACUUCCUCUUAGCUUGCAUGGUAUUCGCGUUCGUCAUCUCGUGGCUCUUCCACUUUAACGCCCCUUCGUAGGGUAGGCUGGAAACUGACGGCCUCGCAGAGAUGAUCGUGAUGAGCUUGCAACAGCUUUCAGCGUCGCUUUGUUGAUACGUACCUCUCAAUACACAUGUAGGUUAGAAAGUAGAAACUCAGUAGCAUCGUUGAAUUGCCACUUUACUAGUGUACUGCAACUCCAUUUCCUUGUGUGGAUAACGCCUUAUGAUUCAAAAAUGAGUAUUUUAUUUGAGAUUAAUUAGUGAUUUACUUCUAUA